UGCAAGGAGCCAAGCGGAACAAUAACAAACGCUGAUGAUGCCAUCGCAUUCAACUGCGGAUAAAAGUAGUGGGGCUUCUUAACGUAGGAAUCAUUUGAAGACGGAUCAUCCCGAAAAGAUAAACUAUUGGUAUUAACGAAAAUGGGGAUCGGUUUUCCAAAUUAGUUUCAGGGGUGCUUUAUAAGAUUCCAUUUCUACAAAGGAGGGCCACGUUUCUGCUGGAGUACAAAUUAGUUCACUUGGGCUGCACAAGAGACAGGAAACAAUUGUAAGUGACCCUCAUGGAUCUCUGAAACCAUGCCAUCCCAGUUGGAAGGUGCGAUGGACACGCUGAUCCACGUCUUCCACAACUACUCGGGCAAAGAGGGAGACAUGUACAAACUCAACAAGGGCGAACUCAAGGAUCUUCUGCACCACGAACUUCAGCACUUCCUGGCGGCCCAGAAGGACCCAUCACUAGUGGACAAUAUCAUGAAAGAUCUCGACUCCAACAGAGACAACGAGGUGGACUUCAAUGAAUUUGUUAUCUUAGUUGCUGCUCUGACUGUUGCCUGCAAUGAAUUCUUUCAGGAGACAAUGAGAAAAAAGGAAAAAGCCAAAUAGAACUCAAUAUAUAUACUAACCGGGCAUCUUAGAGAAGACCGUGCUAAAAAUGAUCAAACCUGCUUGUCAAUUUGCCUAUUGAGAAUCGCUGUAACUUCUAUGGGUGUAUUUUGUAAGUAAGUGUGUGUAAUUUGCUUGGAAUGCAAUAAAAUGUUCACAUGAUGUACAAA